GACACGUACAUGAUGUGGGUGGAUGGGAAAGAGGUACAAGGUCGAGCUGAGCAGUUGGCCGUCGAGGAUCCCGCAACAGGCGAGAUCUUCGCUCACUGCCAUGCAGCAUCCACCACGGAUGUCGACGAUGCCGUUCAGAACGCCCACAGGGUCUUCAAAUCUGGAAUCUGGGCCAAAGCGCCGCGCCACAUUCGCGCCGAUAUGCUGGAUCGUAUCGCUGCGCUUCUGACGGCAAAGCUCCCGCAACUGAUUCAGCUCGAGGUCCACCAGACGGGCCGCGCUAUUCGUGAAAUGAACGCUCAGGUCCCUACCCUGACCAAGUGGUUCAAAUACUAUGCUGCUCUCCUCCGGACCGAAGAGCGAUCUGUGCUGCCCACCGUCGGUAAACUGCACAACUGGGUCGACAGAAAGCCGCUCGGGGUCGUUGCGCAAAUUACGCCGUUCAAUCAUCCCAUGCUAAUUGCUGUCAAGAAGAUAGCGCCUGCGCUGGCAGCUGGCAACUGCAUCGUCUUGAAGCCCAGCGAGCUGACUCCACUCACCAGCAUUGAACUGGGCAAGCUCAUGAAAGAAGCGGGCCUGCCUGAUGGUGUCUUCAACGUGCUGCCUGGCGACGGUAUUACCACGGGCAAAGCUCUAGUGGAGCAUCCAUUGAUCAAAAAGGUCGAUGUCACUGGAGGCACUCCAGCUGGACGCGCUAUUGGCGCCAUUGCAGGGCGCAAUCUUGCACACUAUACCGCCGAGCUAGGGGGCAAGGCGCCUCUAAUUGUUUUUGAAAAGGCACAACUGGACCUUGCCGUCAACGGAAUCGCCUUUGCUAGCUUUAUCGCGAGCGGCCAGACAUGCGUUGCCGCGACGCGAAUCAUUGUGCAAAACAGCGUCCUCGGGCAGGUGGUCGAAAAGCUCAGGGGCAAGAUGCAGAGCAUUAAAAAAAGAAUGGGGUCGCCGAAGAACGUCGAGUCAAUGAUGGGGCCUCUCGUAUCCGCAAAGCAGCUGGGCAAUGUCGAGGCGCUGGUUAACGACGCAAAGGCAGCCGGGGUAACCGUAGUAACUGGUGGAGAGCGCAUGCACGGCAAGUCCUCACUGGACGCCACCGACUUUUCCAAGGGUUACUUUUACCCACCCACGAUCUUAACCGACAGCGAAUCAACAAAGAUUGUCGACACGCGCAUAUGGAGGGAAGAGGCUUUUGGCCCCGUCAUUGUGGUCGUAGGCUUCGACACGGAGGAAGAAGCAUUGCGGCUGGCAAAUGACAGUGAAUUCGGACUCGGCGCCGCCAUCUGGACGCAGGACCUACCGCAGGCGUUCCGCGUCUCGGAAAACAUCGAAAGCGGCAUUUGCUGGGUCAACACGCAUCACCGCAACGACCCGAGUUCGCCGUGGGGCGGCAUCAAGAGCUCAGGCGUGGGCAGCGAGAACGGCAUCGAUGCGUAUAAUGCGUAUACCACGGCCAAGAGCACCAUUAUCAACUAUGCGAGUGUCGAGGAGGGACUUGCCAGCGACGAUUGGUUUAGAGAGGGUACGGGCGAGGUGAGAUAUGGAUAGAGG